UCAAUGCUAUGUGAUCUUUUCUUAUCCUCUCUUUACUCACAGCUUCACGCGCUUACAAUUCUUCAUCUGCGAAUCGCCGGUGGAAAACUCCUCGGAGACUAUGGAUGAAAACCUGGCCAUGUUAAUUGUUCCUGAUUUCAUGAAUUUGUAGUUGCGUGUAUUGUUUGAGAGGUUAAUUGUGUUUAGUAUAAACCCUAAGCAAAAGCAACUUUACUUAGCAGAGUUUUCAAGUUAUUCUAUGCUUACUCAAUUUUCUCUGUAUAAAAUCAAAUUAAUCAAGAAAAUAUUAAGACGAUCGUUUAUUGUUUAAAGUUCUUACGGUUUUCAGAAUCGUUUUUAUUAGAAUUUUUGAAAUUCAGUUCUGCAAAAUUUGAAGAAGCGGUUCUGUGUUUUGAUUCAUAAUUCAAGAUCGGGAGAGUCUGUGAUUUUUUUUCUGGAGAUUCGUUAUGCCUUUCACGAUGAAGAUUCAGCCGAUCGAUUCUCAGGUGCCGGCCGAGAGGAUUAAGCCGGUUGUGAAGUCGCGGCUGAAGCGGCUCUUUGAGCGUCAGUUCUCAGGCGUUCUGAAGAAUCCAUCGGUGGAGAAGAUCGGCGGCGAUGAGCCGCAUGCACGAAAGGAAGGUAACGGAAACGGAAAUGGAAUCGUUGAGUUCGAACCAAGCUCGGUGUGUCUGGCGAAGAUGGUGCAGAGUUUCAUUGAAGAGAAUCAAGAGAAACAUUCCGUUUCCUGUGCUCGCAAUUGCUUCAACGGAAACUUUGACGAUAGCUCCGACACCGAACUUCACGCGCUCGGUGGUUCUUCUUCCGGUGAAAAGUAUGAAACCCUCAAGGAUUUGGUGGCGUGUCCAAAUGUUUUUGAAAGGAAUAUGUUAGCGGAGAUAACAAAGAUAAUUGAGAAGAACAAAACUGUGUGCAAACGCAAAGACGAUAAUUGCAGAAAGACUAUAACUGAUGGAUUGUUAACUCUUGGAUACGAUGCUUCAAUUUGCAAAUCUCGCUGGGAAAAAUCCACUCUCUGUAUUGCCGGGGAAUAUGAAUACAUUGAUGUGGUAAUGGGAAAGGAGAGGGUAAUAAUUGACGUUGACUUCAGGUCAGAAUUUGAGAUUGCUCGAGCAACCAAGUCUUACAAAGCGAUUCUCCAGACGCUUCCUUACGUGUUCGUGGGGAAGUGUGAUCGUUUACAGGGUAUUGUAGCCAUAGCUUCUGAGGCAGCGAAACAGAGUCUGAAGAAAAAGGGUUUGCAUGUUCCACCAUGGAGAAAACUCGAAUACGUUAGAUCGAAAUGGUUAUCUCCUUACACAAGAACCACACCACCUCUGUUUUGCAAUUGGCCUCGUGAAGAAACUGAGAGAAAACAGAGGGUUUUGAUGGGUGGUGGAGGUGGUGGUGGUGGUGGAGGUGAAGUGAGAUGUGAUGAGUCAGAGUCAAAAGUGGUGGUUGAAUGGAAGCCACCAGAAUUGAAACCCAAAAACUCGCAGACCGGGGUUAAGGUUGUGACUGGUUUGGCAGCUGUUUUUCGUGAAAACCCAUGAAAUUUUGUUUUUGUUUUUUAACCAAAAAAAAAAAGGUCAGGUUUUUGUAUUUUAAUAUGAAAUUUUAAUUCUCUAUAUGGAUAGAGAAUUCAGAGCUUGUGUAAGUAAGUACUGUAAUAGGCUAACAGCUAUAUCCCCUUCUGGUUUUUAUUGUAAGGGAUGGUUUUUUUA